CGUCGGUCAGGUCGGGCAUUACGCGUGUUUGUCGACAAGUACACCGUUUUAUCGUCUGCUCUACUUGGCAUACACUAUAAUAUAAUACUAUAUAAUACCAAACAGUUAUCACCCAUCGCCGCCGAACGGUUGUUUUUUUUUUUUUUUUUACGUCAUCUUGCGUUUUUUAAUUUUUUUUUUUUGUGCUUUACCGCUUUUUUUUUGUGCAUCCAUUCUGCGUGUUAUCGGUGUCUGCGUAUUUGUGCGCGUGUAUGUUUCGAAAGAGUGGUGAUAUACGACCGCGAGUGAUUGCCACUGCAAUAUAGAACUAAAUCAAUUCGUAUAGGAAAAUUAUACCAUUUUGUUGAUUGCUAUUACGCAAGUGCUUUAACGGUGAGUGUGUUUCCGUGUUAUACGUGUAAUCGUGCGCGCGUUUAACCGAAUACUGUGAUACGAUACUAUUACAGUCGUGUCGGAGACAUUCUGCAGCCACCACAUCAUCACCAGCUCAAGUCCAGUGAAAUGAUAAAUAGCAGUUUCGGCUGAAUCCAGUCUACUUGUUCCAUUUUAUUAUAAGGUCCAAUCUCAUUACAAACAAAAUAUACAUUUAAAAAUUAAAACCAGCAGAAAAUCAUUAAUCUGAUACUGUAGGACCAGCAGUGUUGACACACAACGUAUAAGAAUGGUGGUGACAUAUGGUUGCCAAUCCCAUGGACAUCAUCAAAAGUUUAUUGCAUUAUUGAUACUGUGCUUUUUGGAUUGCGGUCAAGGUGAUGGUAAAGAAAAGCGAGAAAUAUCCAGUCCAAAAAGUAAAAAUGGACAACCAGGAGGAACUGGUCACUCAGAAUGGCAACAAUUAUGGUAUUCAAGCGUCGAUGAGUUUCAAAAGCUCACGGAGCCACUUUUGGACAAUACCACUGAAACUAACCUCACCGUCCCGUUAGGUAGCACAGCUUACCUUCAUUGUCGUGUUAGAAAUUUGGGAGAGCGAACGAUAUCAUGGGUUCGCCGCAGGGAUUGGCACAUCUUGACUUCGGGCAUGUUCACAUACACAAAUGACGAGAGGUUUACCGUGUUGCAUGCUGAAGGUUCGGAUGAUUGGACACUGAAAAUAAAAUACGUGCAGAAAAGAGACAACGGCACGUAUGAGUGUCAGAUAUCUACUGGAACAGGCAUAAUGUCCUCGUUCAUCAACGUCCACAUCGUUGUUCCUGAAGUGCACAUCGAUGGACCAAGAGAACUUCACGUAGAUAUGGGUAGCAUAAUCAAUCUUCUUUGUAUCAUCGAAAAAAGUCCUCAGCCUCCGCAAUACGUGUUUUGGUAUCAUAAUGAAAAAAUGAUCAACUACGACAAUAUCAGAGGUGGUAUUGUAGUCAAUACAGAAAAUGGUGGUCGUAGUACCAGCAGGUUGACCAUCCAUGACGUAAUUGACACGGACAGUGGUAAUUACACAUGUGAAACUGCAAAUGCCGAACAAGCUUAUGUUUAUGUUUUUGUAUCUGAAGGAGACACUAUGGCUGCCAUAUCACGCAGAAAGUCCACAGCUUCAGGAAUCGAAGUGAUGCUAUGGUUUGUUGCAUUGCCACUAAUGGUUAUAUCCGUUAGAUAAGGGAAAAUGAUUCUACUGUGUAAGUAAUCAAAACUAUAUGUAUGUAUUUUAUCUUUGUAAAAAGUAUAAUUAUUAUAACUAUAAUUAUUGUUAAAUAUGCAUAAAGAUGUUUUUGUUUACUCCUGUCUUAUUUCAAUUACCAGAAUUAAGUAAUAUAAUAACUUUGGAAUAAAAUUUAGAAUUUAGCCAAUUAUUA